GUACGGGGCCCGGUAGUGGGGAUAGGCGCGUGCCCGCCCUGGCUAUAUAAGGCCUCGAACCCUUCUUAGUAAGGCAUUUCGGGAGCCAAGUCCGUACAGUCAACGUCAAGGGUGCGGUUCAGUUUUCAAACUCUCUCGUUCAAACGUUUCGGACGUGUCAGCGUUUUCUCUCUUGCUGUUGGUUACUCGUAUUCGAAACUCGAAGGUGUCGUAAGAACAGGUCGACGGGAUAAUCGAGAAAGGGUUGAAUCGUCGUAAAUAAUCGUCGAUCGGUAAUCGCGAGUACUUCGGAUUCUAAUUGUCAAGGUCAUCCGGCACGCGCUGCCGCACACUCCUGCUCUCGGCAGUGGGGGGUAUCGAAACAGUGUGAUAUGACCUUAGUGGGAUCGAACGAGGAGAACGUAUUGCCCAUCAUGUUGAGCGUGCAGCAGCAGCAUCAUCACCACAACCUCCACGGUUCGAGCGCGACCGGCGGGCAAACGCACCGCGGGAACGUGAUCGUUUCGACCAGCAGCAUGCCGGCGAACGAUAUCAAGAUCCAGCAACACGGUUGCAAGCGAUCGAAGAUUUACGGGCAGGCGACCGGGCCUUACGGCGCGGUGCCUCAUCAGCCGGCCUCGGUCGCCCGGCGAAACGCACGGGAACGGAAUCGUGUCAAACAGGUGAACAACGGAUUCGCCACGUUGAGGCAACACAUACCGCAGAGCGUGGCACAAGCACUGGGUGGGAGCACGGCUGGCACCCACGGCGGUGCCAGGGCCGGUAGCAAAAAACUGUCGAAAGUCGAGACGCUGAGGAUGGCCGUCGAGUACAUCAGAAGUCUGCAACGUCUCCUCGAGGAACACGACGGUGGCUCCGACGUGACAAGCGUUUCGUCGCCGACGUCUUCGCCACCCUCGUCCACCUCCUCGGCCUCGUCCACGUGCGGCUCUACCGGCGGAAUCGGCGUCGACUCUAAUCAUCACUCGGCCGAGCUCAGACUUCGCGGCAACGUCAACAGCGAUUUGCGACAUCAGAAUAAUAACGAUAUACAUCGGCAUCAACAUUUGAGACAAAAUCCUAGCCCGACGUUCGUGCCAACGCCUUGCUCCGAGGCGUCAAGCUCGCCGACGCCGAGUUUCGUCUCCGAGGCGUCUUCAGCUGGCAGUCAGGGUUACGGAACGUCUGGCGCGCUCUACCCGGCCCACUCCGAUGCCUACGAUAAUUACGAGCCGAUGAGCCCCGAGGACGAAGAGCUGUUGGAUGUCAUCUCGUGGUGGCAACAGAGUCAAUGAGGAACUGGUGCCUGCUCCGACUUUGCCCCUGAACCUCUCGAAGAAAUAUAUGAGGUGCAGGGGUCGGAAUGGGGUGACAAACGGCGGCUGUUCUACGGACUGUGAUCUAGUCAAUAAUUGUACCCACGUAAUUGUAACAGGAGAGUCACAUCGUUUUUGUCCUUACUUUGUGCUAAAGUAGACGCGGUUGUAUAUACAAAACGGGUUUUCCGAAACGUUAAUUACAGUAAGAAACGUUAAUUAUAGAGAGUAAUAUUUAUGUCGUAUCGACAUUAAGAAGACAAUUGAACAAUAUUGUCCAGAUAUCCUCGAAGGAUGUAGCAUUCCAGAGUGCCUUACACAGAAUAUUAUAUAUUGUUAAUUUUGAAUUGGCAAAUCCCUCUAAUACCAUGGCAUAUAUUUUAUUAGUUACUCUUUGCUCUUACAAUUAGACAAGCCUUAUAAUUAUCAAACGAGACUUGAUCGAUCUUACGUACUGAGAAAACAUGUCGAAACAUUUUAUCAACGUUACUCAGAGAAUAUUAGCACCGAAAUAAACUAUUUAUAUCGUAUCGCAAUUAAAAACUUAAUUUAACAGCGGUUCCACCGUAAACUGUGGAGCGUUAUUAUAGAAUCUUGUAAUUAUGUUGUAAAUGAUUAUAUACAUCGAAAUGGACGCAGAUAAAUCGCAUUCGUUGGUCAGUUCAUAUUUGAACUAAAAAUAAAA